AUGUUUCUCAAUUACCUACAAACUGUCAUAAUCGUCUCAUUCGUGCAGUUGUCGAUCGCAACCUAUAGCAAUGCAUUUCUCCAACCAAUCUAUUAUUCCACUAAUCAGAUGUUCGGAUGUCACUGUCCCCCUCCUCCCCCUCCCCGAGCGCCUUGUCCACCAGUAAAGCAAUGUCCACCUGUGCCCACCUCAUGUCCCAAACCUCAACCGUGCAAAUCAAAAUCAACCAAAUCGAAAGCUCAAGGAACAACCAAUUUAGUGGCUGCAAAUACAAUCGAUGAACUUGAAACGGUCAUUUAUUUGUAUCACAUUCGAUCAAUCACUUGA